CGCUGCGCUCUGACGGUGUGCGUACAAUGUCUUAUGAAUGACAGCCGCCGUUUCAGGUUAUGUGACAUUGUGGCAGUGCAGGACACCUUAGCAGCGAAGUGAGUAAACUGUCCGGACUUGAGGGUGGAAAGGGCAGUUGAAAGUUGAAAGGUGUCCCGGAUGACAUGCGCCCCAGCAGCUGGUUUUACGCGGAGAGCAGCGCGGCGCACGGCUGUGUUUUUUUGAGUCGUUACCAAACAGGUCUGCGUGUGAAUCUACUUUGGCUGCAAACUGGCACCCUGUGACUGGAAGUGAGAUCCAGCCCAAUCAGCUGACAGGAGGACCAACACUUCUCUCAGAAAGAGAGUUGUUUUUUGCAUCGACAGACCCUCGGGGAAUGUGUUUAUUUACAGUGUCUUCUUUGUAAAAGGGCCUGUUCCACCUGUUUCUGGACCUACUUCUUUCCUCGAAGUGCCAAAAAGUUAACAGCUUACUGUUUCUGCGCAUGAUGUACACUAUUACAAGAGGUCCCAGCAAACUGGUCACCCAGAGAAGGACAGGGCCCACUCAGCAGCUUGAUAACAAAAUCAACGACUUCAAGCACAAACAGACCUCCUGGAGCAUGCCUGACCUCCCUGCACCCAAGAUCGUUUUCAACCGACUGAAUGGUAAGAAGUACCAUCACCCUGCUCCGGCGCUUCCCGCUGACACCCAGAAGGAAGAGAGCUUCACUGCUGCACACGAGGAAAACGUCAAAUUUGUCUAUGAGGCCUGGCAGGAGGUGUCACAGCAGGAGCAGAGGCCAGAGGAGGCCCAGCGGGCAGUCCUCUACAGGGAAACCGCUCCCAGUCCACACAUGGAUAACUUUGUGCCUAUAGAUCUGGAUGAAUGGUGGGCGCAGCGUUUCCUUGCCAACAUAGACAAGCUUUCCUGACACUCCUCUGGGAUAUGUGAAUCUUGACAGAUGGUCAGUCAAUGAGACCUGAAGCAGGAUGUCUCACAGUGAAGAUGAGUCCUUGGCUGGAGGUGUGAUGGGUCAAAAUGGACCUGAUGUGAUUCAAAACGGACAGACAGCGCUGGGACGCUAACAAAGACACCACAAAGAAUCACGUCACUGAAACUCAAAGACCAUGUCAGAAUAUUCAGUCUGCGACAGACGGCACACUGGAGGACGGUAUUUUGAGGUUCAGGUCACUCUCGUCUUCUACCCUCACAGCAGAGAUGUCAUGUUACGUUGAAAUGCAGUAAAAGUUGUAUUUUCAAGAAGCUCUCUACUUUCAUCUUUAAUCAUCACAAGAAUGGAUUUUUUACUAACAUCAUUGAUAAUGCACACAGACAACAGCUCCUUCAAUACAUUCACAUCUCUCCUACAACCCUUUAUCCAUCCAAAAAUAUUUCUUUGCUCAAAAUGUGUCCCACUUAUCAGGUAUUACAUUUCUUAUGAACUUCAAAGGUGAAAAAAAAAACGUAUUAAAUAAUGUGGGAAGAAGGAAGAAGGCACGGAAAAGAUAAGGGAACAAAAAGUGGUAAAUAUUACAAUUUCAUUUCUUAAAAAACUUAGAGGAAAACUCCAACUGUUACACAGUUUUUGUUUCUCAGGGUUUAGAAAAUGGUUUGACACUUUUGGACUGACUAACUCUCUAACCCUGCUUUCCAGAUUAUUUGAAUGUAGAUAUUUCAGGACGUAAUCAGGCCUAACGAUGUUCCUUUGCAAUACCUGGUUUUUAAAGCAAGAUGAUAAUUUCAGAAAAGCCUAAAUGAGUAUGAGGUGUAAUCAUGACCAACCUCUGUAGGGCACACCUCCCCUUCAUAUGUAACAGAUUGAAACUCAGCUGAACACCUGAUAAAGACAUGUAAAGGAUUUACAGAGGAGCUUUCAGCAGUCAACGUUCACUCUUUUUGAGCUUUUUAAGCCUUUAUGUGCUCUCCAUACGGCUGGAUGAAGGAUUCCAGAGGGAGGGGGGGGGGGAGGUGUUAUUUUAUGGUUUCUGAUGAACAAAACCAUCAGCCAGUCCUUCUCU